CGACGCUAGCCACAGGCAAGGCAAACGGCCUGCAAAAUGUGUACCACCUGGAAUCCAAGCAGAAGCGGCAGAAAACGACCUGGGACCCCUGCAACCGGCGAAGUUUAUAACAACCUUGCAUCCCUCCCCCGCUCUGGAAUCUGGACAAAAUCGAGCAUCGCCGAUGAAUGUUCGAGAUCAUCACAGCAUUUCCAGCGGGGGCGAGGUUCUACAAUGCCUGGCUCCAAGCCGAGUGUCACUCAUGUGGAUGGAUCCUCCCUCGAUAGGUCUCAAGAUGAGAAAUACCGCGGGCUCAAUAUCAUGGAGUCGCGUCCUACACAGGUCAAUUUAAACUCUAAUUUAGAGGGGAGAAUACAGAACCCUUUAGCUGGCAUCUCGAAAACUCUACUUUUGCAAGACGUUGACGAUUUCGCAACCAAGCAUGGACUUACGGAUGCGCUUCCACUGUUACGGAAAGGCGCACUGGUUGCCCAGGAUCCAAACUCAUAUGACGAAAUAGGAGGAGCGGAAGCUUUGGAUGAUUCUGAGGUGGAUGCUCUGCGUGAUGAGGUCCUUCACAAGUGGAAGCAAAGUUCCUUUCUGUAUAUCACCGUUAUUAUGUGUUCAGUUGGUGCUGCGGUUCAGGGUUGGGAUCAAACAGGUUCCAAUGGCGCCAAUCUAUCCUUUCCCGAAUACUUCCAUCUUGAUAAAGACACGACUCGCGGUGCCUUUCUCAUCGGUUUGAUAAAUGCCGCGCCUUACCUUGGAAGUGCUCUUGGCUGUUGGUUUUCGGACCCACUCAACAGUUUCCUUGGGCGAAGAGGGACGAUAUUUAUCUCUGCAAACUUUUGCUUAUGGUCUGUUUUCGGCUCGGCUUGGACCCAAACAUGGCAGCAAUUGUUAAUCUGCCGUAUACUACUCGGUAUUGGAAUGGGUGCGAAGGCAAGCACAGUACCUAUCUAUGCCGCCGAGAAUAGCCCUGCCAGCAUUCGUGGAGCCCUCGUGAUGUCAUGGCAGCUAUGGACGGCUUUUGGCAUCUUCCUUGGAUUUUGUGCAAAUCUGGCCGUCGCAAAUACUGGCCCGAUCUCUUGGAGGUUGCAGUUAGGAUCCGCCUUCAUUCCAGCUGUUCCGCUCGUAUUCGGUGUUUAUUUUUGUCCGGAGUCGCCGAGGUGGUACAUGAAAAAGGGUCAGUAUGGCAAAGCUUACGAAUCGCUCCUACGGCUUCGGAACCAUCCGAUUCAAGCCGCCAGGGACAUUUACUACAUCCAUUCGCAGUUGGAAUUGGAGGCCGAAAUUCUGGGCACGAACACGUACAAGACACGCUUCAUUGAGCUGUUUACUAUCCCUCGCUUGCGCAGAGCAACUGUGGCUGCAACCACCGUCAUGCUCGCACAGCAAAUGUGCGGAAUAAACGUGAUGGCAUUUUACAGUUCCACUGUAUUUGUUCGGGCAGGCGCAUCACGUAUCACGGCCUUGUGGGCAUCUUUUGGCUUCGGACUCAUAAAUUUCAUCUUCGCCUUCCCUGCAAUCUGGACUAUCGAUACCUUUGGACGUCGAGCUUUGCUGCUGUUCACUUUCCCCAACAUGGCGUGGAGUAUGUUGGCAGUGGGCCUCUGUUCUCUGAUCUCGAGUGCAGAAAAGACCCACCUUGCACUCAUGGCGUUCUUUAUAUAUCUUUUUGCUGCGUUUUAUUCGCCAGGGGAAGGUCCUGUCCCUUUUACUUAUUCGGCCGAGGUGUUUCCGCUUUCCCAUCGUGAAGUUGGCAUGGGAUGGGCCGUUGCAAUGAACCUUUUCUGGGCCGCAGUGGUUGGCAUUGCUUUGCCGUGGAUGUUAAACGCCAUGGGUACCAUGGGCGCCUUUGGAUUCUAUGCCGCAAUGAAUGUACUGGCAUUAUGUAUGAUAUUCCUCUGGGUUCCUGAGACGAAGCAGCGGACGUUGGAAGAGCUGGACUAUAUCUUUGCUGUCCCGACCCGGAUUCAUAUAAGAUAUCAAUUGAAAACAGCUCUCCCAUGGUGGAUCAAGCGAUACGUCCUGAUGAGAAAAGGACCUGGGCUCGAGCCUCUGUAUCACUUCGACUCGCCUUCGGGGCGUACAGGGACUGACCAAAUCUACGUUCACGACAGAAUACGAGAACACCAUACCAGCGAGGUGAGGGAAGGCGCUGCUGAACUUCCGGCGAACGGGCGAGAGAUGUCUCAGCAAGGUUAUGUUGGAUGGACGACGAUGAACUUUUAGCGUUCGUUUUUAUUUGGGUGAGCGAGGAGUUCAGGAUGAUUUUACCAUGGGUGGCGUUAUGAGCUUUUGUCUACGUGUACGCACUAGAAAUCUGACGAUCGUUGCAUGGCAGCUUUAGCUUGUUGACAACUUGUAGAUACCCAAUAUGUAUUUCUUGAAGCCACUGAGCACAGAAAUCAUACACGAGAUGUCGGGUUCGUCGGCCGGCUGGGAAGUCAACCAUC